AUGUCAUUUAAGAAAAGCUCUGGAAGACCCAACUUGCUUUUUGGCGUCGGCUUGGAUGAUUUGAAAGCAGAGGAGCAGAAUAGCCAGAAGCCGUUCAUCGAGCUUCCUGUCCAUUCUGCCCUCAGUCCCUACGAGGAGAGUGCCGCCAAACAGACCAUUGCGUUACAAAAGCUUUUGUACAAUGGUCCAUUUUUCUCUGGCUCCGAGUCGCUGGCUCUAAAGGCAUCUGCUCCCCCUAUUGAGCGUUACUCGGACAGAUAUAAGCAGGUAAAGAAGGUUGGAACACUGAUAGACGAAUACCCAUAUCAGCUCGAAUUUUUUCCGGAGGAAUUGUAUUCUGUGAUGGGACUUAGUAAGAAAAAGAAGGCUUUGCUCCUGUCUGCUUUUAAGGCAGAUGGUGGACUCGCCUCGUAUGAGAUCUCCCUGCAAGGUGAAACAGUGGAUGUAUUGGAGAAGCUCAAACAUAUGGCUGAGGAGCUAGAUGCGAACGGAAAUGCACAGGAAGGAGAUGAAGGACUCGAGGAAGAUGAUAUCGAUGACCAUUUCGAGUCAGAUGAUGACAACGAUUACAAUGCUGAACGGUACUUCGAAAACGGCGAUGACGACAUGGGAGACGAUGAGGAUGACGAGGCUGCUUUUUAA